CCGUCAUCUCGAAAUACUAAUAUUCCAAGUACAAUAAAUUACUACACAUGCUCUAGCUAGAUGGCUAGUAAAUAUUCUCAAACCUUUGCAUGAGAUGAUAGUGAAAUAUAGCGUCAAAGAUGUAUUUGAAUUCGUAGACAAAAUAAAAGAUAAUAAUAUAUCAAAGACAAAACCAUGAUAUCUCUGGACAUAACAUCGUUAUUCACAAAUGUGCCUCUAAUAAAAACACUUAAUUACAUAGGUGAACAAGUGGGCAAGCUGUCGAUAAACAUUGACAUACAUACUGAGAUCCUAAACGAAUUGACAUUAAGAUGUACCAUGAAUGUAACUUUCAAAUUUGAUGACACAUUUUACAGGCAAGUGGAUAGGGUGACGAUGGGCUCCCCAUUGGGUCCCAUUUUGGCUGAUUUCUUUCUAAGUAAGCUACAAAAUAGACCUUUAUACAACCUUAUCAGUAAGCUCUCAUUUUAUUGCCGGUAUAUGGAUUACACCUUCAUCCUUUGUGAUAAUGGUUCUGAUAAGAGUACAAUAAUCACUGAAUUCAAUGAAGUACAUUCGGCUAUGAAAUUCACAUGCGAAGAGGAAUCCCAAGACAGAAUUGCCUUCCUGGAUGUCCUACUUACAAGAAAACCAGAUGGUAGUAUAAAAAGAAAUUUGCAUCGAAAAAGCACUUGGACAGAGCAAUAUACACACAUUUUCAUAGCUUCGUUCCUAUCAGGUAUAAAAGAAAUUUAGUGAAGACCCUCAGCCAUAGAGUUAGAGCUAUAUGCUCAGAAGACGUAAUUGAAGAUGAAUUAAGCAUUGUAUAUGAUACUUUGAUCGAAAAUAGCUAUCCCGAAAAAUUUAUCAAGAAACACAUGACAAAGAAAGCUGAAACGGACUACUCAGUCUGUAAAAAUGAGGCCUCUUUAUAUACGACUACAAUUCAUGGGCGAUAUACCAAGCGAGAUAGUUGCGAAGAAAUUAAGAAAAUCAGUUCA